AUGUCUAAGAUUCCCGCGCCGGCUGUCGAGGCUGGGCCUGAGGUUCCAGAGGUCGAAACUGAGCAUCUAGGCUUCAAGGUCCUCAACCAAGGAAAACAAGGCCCCAAGAAGGUCAAGAUCCUCCCCCAGCCAUGGCCUACCGAUAAUCUCCCUCCUGCUUCCGCCAACCUGCUCUCCGUCGCCUCCAAACCCGGUCUUCUCGCUGCCGCUGGCCCCAACGUCCUCGUCAUCACAUCUACAGACACCUUGCGCAAGGCUUUCCAGAACAAGACUACCGCCGAUGCCAUCGAGAAGCCCGAUGACCCGCGCCUCGAAGACCGCGACAUUGACGUAGUAACAGACUACGCACCCGACAUUACCAUCUCCACUGCCAACCUACGCCAUGUCGCUUUCUCUGCCGACGGAGACUUCUUGGUCACAUCCGAUGAAGCUGGAGGUGGCGUGGCUAUCUACAGCGUCGCCGACGUUGUCAGCCGAGGCAAGAAAGAUGCAGAUAACAAACUGGGAACAGACACGACCAUUCGCGCACUCCUACCAAACCCGUCUCCUGAAUUCGAACAGUACUUCGCCAUUGUCCUUGAUUCUGGCAAGCUCGAAAUAUGCGACGUGGGAAAUGGCGCCAAAAAGGCGAUCCGAGAACACGACGUCAACUGCGCUGCUUGGAGCGCGCGUGGAAAGGCCGUAGUCUCUGGCUCCACUGAUGGCACCUGCGCCAUACACAUGACCAGUGGAGAGCUAAGGGGUGUCAUUCCUCGACCUCCAGAUGUGGAUGAGAACUACGAGGUGACGGGCGUGUCAUGGCUGAAAACCGAAGAGUUCCUGGCUGUCUACUCGCUCAAAGAACAAGACCAGGACAGUCCAGAACCCAAGAAGUACAGCGUUAUACAAUCUGCCAAAGGUUGGGGAUCCUUCACGUAUCACUCAUUUGCCUGGGAUCCUCUCCCCGAGGCAUUCGAACCUCCACGCCGCCUACUCCCCGCACGCAUCUCGUCCACGCGCCUGCAAAACUGGAAGCCCGAUCUCGACGAUAUGCUCAUCAUUACCUCCUCCCACGCAGACUCCAUUGCGAUACUAGCCUCGACAAGCAACAAGAUUUCUCCACACCAAGAGAAUUGCAACGAGCUUAUGUUGGUGGGGGUUGACGACACCAAAAAGGCUCAGGUACCGCGAACAGCUUAUGGAGACACUGAACUUGACAGCGUCUUCAUUGGGGAGGCACUUGACCUGUCAAGUAAGGAGAAGAUAUUGCGCCCCAUCCCCGCGUUGGAAGAGAUCAACGAGGCGCCGUGGCCGUUGCCUGCAUACAUGGCUCUUACCCAUGAAGGUCUUCUUUCGGCCUGGUGGGUCGUCUGGAAUAAAUCUAUUGAGGCUGGCGAACGCUACCCUGGUCUCAUCUUCAACAGUGAAGCCACCAAACACCCGUCUUCAUCAACUCCGAGGGCUUCUACUCCUGCGUCAAAACUCCCCAUCGCUACCUCUACCCCCUUUAGCAAGUCCGUAGGAACACCCGCAACCCCAGGAACAUCAGGCAUUCCCCAGUUUGGUAACACUGGAAAUGGCUUCGGUACACCAACCCCCGCUCUGAUGAAGCCUACACCUCCAGGCUUCGGAACGCCCGGGUUCGGUACUGCUGCUACUAAUCUGCCUGCCCCAACGUUCGGCAAGCCCACGCAACCCGCAUUCGGUGCUCCAUCUUCAAUCGACAAGCCUGCUCAACCAGCUUUUGGCGCGCGUUCUCAAUCAGCUUUUGGUGUGCCUUCUCAGCCUGCAUUCGGUGCUCCCUCUUCGAUUGGUAAGCCUUCUCAGCCAGCUUUUGGAGCAUCUUCUGCAAUCGGCAAUCCCGCAAAGCCUGCCUUUGGAGCACCUUCCACUGUGGGCGCUGCUGGUGGCUCCGGUUUUGGGGCAGCGGGUGGAAUGGGAAACAAAGCAUCGCCGUGGGGAGCGCCUGCACAAUCCUCCGAGUCAAAAUCCAAUCCCUUUUCGGCCGCUGCUGGUGGCUCGUCCGGGUUUGCCAAGUUUGGAAGUACUGGAGGGUCAAACUCCUUUUCGAGCUUUGGAAGCAACAACUCCGCGCAAACCGGCUCAGGAUUUGCAUCACUUGGACAAGGGCAACAGAAGUCUGGUUUUGCGGGCCUGAAGACGGAGCCGAGCUUUGGUUCUACCGUGACCGUUGGUUCUGGUACUGGGUCGUCCCUGCCCUCUUGGGCAAACACGCCCGCUCAGCAGAGCAGCUCAAUCUUUGGACAACCAGAUAAAUCCUCGUUCAACACGGCCUCGUUUGAGUCGAAGGAAUCCGACACGAGCUCCGCAAACACGGACCGAAAGAGGGAUGAAGCUACACCUACACCACAAACUCAGCCAUCACAAGGUCUGUUCGGUCUUGCAGGUGGCUUCAAGCUCGGCACUACUUUUGCAAGCGAUGGCACAGCCAAGGACGAUCCAGCGAAGCCGGCGGCUCCUGCCAAUGGCUCGUUCUUCGGUAGUGACUUUGCCAAUAUGCUAGGAAAGACAGGCAUGAAGCCGCCUGCUACUCCAGCGAGUGAAGCUCCUCCACAAUACGUCUCCACUACUCCAGCAUCGCCGCCAAAGCCAAAGCCACUAUUUGGUGAAACCCCUGCAAAAGAGAGCGCAACUCCCAAGGUUGCACCACCCAUACAAGAGGCCGCUACUCCGGUGAAUGACGCGCCUUUGCCACCAGACUUCACCAAGGCUAAGCCUUCGAAGUCUGACGAUGCGCCUCUCCCUCCGGAUUUCAUCAACACCAAGCUGCCGAAGUCGACUAGCGAUGAUUUGCCUCCACUCGCCGGCAGUCCCGGCGUUGAAGUAGAAGCACCUAGUUCUUCCGUUGACGCAUCUCCUAUUGACAACGAGGAUGAGGAUGACCAUGACCACGAUGAGGAGAGCGAUGAGGAUGAAGAUGAAGACGAGGAAGACUUCUCCGAUGAGGAUGAGGACGAUGUUGAAGAAGCCGACAACACAUUCCCGUCAAACAACGCAUCAAAAUCACAAGCUGCGAAGCCAGGUAACUGGACCUUCCAAGACAGUAUGAAUCAGUCGAAAAGUUUCUUCCCCCCUGCGCCGACUCCUCCCACCAUGAAAUCCGGCGCCACAUCACAGUCGGGAAGCAACGCUUCAACCGCCCAGCCUUCCUUGUUUUCUCAACCUUCGAGACCUGCUGCCAACCAGCCAUCGUUCGCAGGCUCGUCACUGUUUGGACAACAACCGACCAAGGGCCCUCAGUCAUCAAUGCCUGCGAAACCAAAUUUUCCGCCUCCGGCAAACCGCGCCCAAGACCUUCGCUCGCCUAGUCCAGCUCGUUCAAGCUCAGCUUCUCGUGUUCGAAGAGAACCUCUGGUCGCACCGGGUGCUUCACUAAGCUCAUCUAUGCUCGGGUCCAAGCCACCUACGCCGCAACCACAGGUCUCCGAUCUUGAAGACGAGGAAGAUGAGCGGAUGCGGGCACAGCUUGCGCAGCCGAUUGAACCCAGCCGGAACCUGGAGGAGUUCGUCGCAUACCAAAAUUACACUGGUGGCAAGUCGCCUAGCAAGACCGGUCACGCCGCCCAGAUCGAGUUGAUAUACAAGGACAUCAACGGCAUGGUAGACGCACUUGGCUGGAACGCACGAUCCAUCAAAUCGUUCACACAAUAUCACCUGCAGCCUCAGUCCGAUCACCAAAUUGAUCGACGUAUGCUGGAUGAUGUUCAAGAUGAGGGAGCUCAUGGCUCGUGGUUCGAGAAGUUCACACUGUGUGAGAUUCAAGCCUUACGGUCUCUUGAAAACGAGCUUGAGCAAGAGCUCGAUGCUGGACGCGUACAAGACGUGCUCGUCAAGCUUACACAGCUUGCUCGCUUACUUCACGACAAAGCCAAGCUGAUGACUCGUCUUAACGAUAUACGCCGCCAAAUAAUCAAUCGCAAAGACCCCGAAAAGGCAGAAGCACUCCGCAAGGCACCGUUGCCGAAGGAACUUGCGGAUGGGCAGAAAGCCCUGCGUAACGACUAUGCCCAGUUAUUGACAUCGUUACGCAAGGCCGAAGAUGCUGUUGCAGUGUUGCGCUCACGUCUAGCUUCGCACAACGCCCAGAACGGCAGUACAAAGGCGGUGCCAUCCAUGGAAGCUGUGAAGAAGACAGUCCUCCGACUGGCCAGCCUAGCCGAGCAGAAGAACAAUGAUAUUCUCGUCCUCGAGGCACAAAUGCGCAAGAUCGGUCUCUCAGAUUCCAGUCGUCCAUCCUCAUCCUCAUCACGCAACGCCGGCACGCCCCGCCGAUCUCGUGGCACUGAUCUCCGCCGAAGCAUUGCUGACACACCGUACACUACGCCGCCAACCAACCGUAAUAAGAUGAGUUUGAGCGAGCUCAACCGUCGUGCUCUCACCCCAGACGUCGAGGCUACGCCUACACCUAGCAAGGGCUAUGGUUUGUUCUAUACGCCCGAAGGCAGUCCGACAACAGGCAAAGAAAUUGCUCGUCUGAGCGACCUGGUUGAUGACAACAUCGACAGCUUGCGACAGACCGCCAGGACGAGAAAACAGGUUGCUGAGGGUCUCAAGAAUGCGCUUCUCGAUCGUGGAAUCAAGGUCACAAAGGUUAAUUGA